AUGACCUCUAUUGAUCCUAAUCAAACACUGUACAUUACCAACUUGAAUGGGCGCAUCACAGUAGAAGAACUCAAGUUAUCCCUGUACGGAUUAUUCGCCACAUAUGGACCCAUCUUGGACAUCACAGCUAAAAAGACAGAAAAGAUGCGUGAGCAAGCUUUCGUUGUGUACGCUAAUGUCGCCUCAGCAACCACAGCCAAGAGAAGUCUAAAUGGAUUUACAUUCUUUGGCAGACCCAUCAAAAUUGAAUACGCAAAGACAAAAUCAGACGCUAUUGCCAAGUUGGACGGUACAUUUAGACUGAGGACAUACAAGGAUAAAUCUGGAAACGAAAUGGGAUUAGCAAAGAGAAGCAUGGAUGAAGACGAUACCGAGAGAUCCUCAAAAAUGGCUAGAACAGAGAGCGACGAGAGCGAUGAAGACCAUGCAUAA